AUGAACAAAAUAUAUUGGACAGAUGUCCUACGACCGGAUAUCAGAAAGUGUGGCUUCAAUGGAGAAGAUUUAAGCUUAGUGCGAAAACUAAAGCCAGGCUCAGUUCCCGAUGGCUUAACUCUGGAUCCAGUCUCAAGAUUGAUAUUCUACACCGACACGGGAAAUGACGUCAUCGCUCUGAUGGAUAUGGUUGACUACUAUCACAAGACAAUAAUUAAUACAAACAUAGACCAACCUCGAGGAAUAGCGCUUGACAGAAGGCAGAGAAUGAUGUACUGGACAGACUGGGGAGAAAAACCAAAGAUAGAAAGAGCAACAUAUUUAGGAGAAAGUCGAACGACGCUGGUUUCUACCGGUCUAAUCUGGCCAAACGGAAUAACGCUGGACACUCAAGGGCAAAAGAUGUACUGGUGCGACGCAAAAACACAUAGAAUCGAGGUGAUUGAUUUUGACGGUAGGAACAGAAAAAGUCUCGCUCAUGGUGAAAGUUUCCAUCCUUUCGACAUAUUUCUGUUUGAGCAGGUCGUGUAUGCUACAGACUGGACUUCAAGGAGCAUAUAUCGCGUAUAUCUGGAUGGAAGGAAUGUGACGUCAUGGAGUGGGAUUAAUUUCAAACGUCUUAAUGGAAUACACGUUUUUAGAGCUGGCGCUUUUCAAAAUGAUACUAACAUCUGUACAACUAACAAAGGCGGCUGUGAGCAGAUCUGCAUACCGACUUCCGGGGAAAGACAAUGCACAUGUCGAGAUGGCUACACACUCACAACAAAUGGACUGAACUGCACGGUAAAAUGCAACGGUUCAGAUGGGAUCUCCUGUAAUAAGCAUUUCGACAACAGCCACAUCAUCUACGACGACGGUACAGUGCAAACUGACAGUGGCGGAGAGUGUAUCGCAAUGGACAACUGUACAAACUGUAAUCGAGGAUUCUACCCUAGUAACGGGUACUGUGAUAUGUGCAUGGCAAUCAGCAACUGCAACUUGGAAGAAUGUACAUCCGGAAGUGACGUGACCUGCACGCGCUGUGAGGGCGUGGUCAAGAAGAAGGCUGGACUGCGAGCCUAUAUCGGAACUCCUGACAGACGACAAUGCAAACAAGCGUGUUCGUGGCGUGACGACAGUACGAGGUGCUACCCAGGUCAGUGCGGGGGCGAGUUGUCUGCUAACUGUGUCUGUCACCCCGGAUUCACAGGUCAACACUGUCAAACAAUCACGACAAAGCCAGCCAUGCAUGUGUUGGUGCAGAUGGCAAACAGUGACGAAAAACGAUUUGAAGUAGACAGCGCGGAUAACCAAGCCUCAUUCUGGACCAAUGUGAACAACCCGACUUCUGUCGACUACAAUUUGUCUGCCCAGUAUACAGCCCAGUCAUCUGGCACACUGCCAGACAAGCCUGCGUAUAUUGAAGAUUUCCAUGUGGGAAUUGUCCAGGGAACAUUUGAUUUUAAACUCACCAAAGGUGGCGUCUUGGUAGUAAACCUGCACAGGACGUGUAGAGAUCUAAGUGAGACCAAUCCUAGAAGUGACGUAAGCACCUGUGACGAGGUGCUGACUCGGUCUGUCUUUCCAACAAGAGCUCUACCAUUCCAAAACACAGACAGAAUUCAUGUUCUCUUUGAAACAUCUAAUGGGGGAUAUGUGAAAGUGAGAAAUAAGGAAACUGGAGUCCUGAAGACAUUUUACUAUGAAGGACAGACGAAGCAGAAGUCGUUCACAAUAAACAUCGAUCUCAAUAAGCCGUAUCACUGUUCUAUAAAAUCACCGUGCGGUCACCAAAUUAUCAACGCUGAUGACAUCAUUAAACGGACUGAUGACUCGAGAAUUUAUAUCAAUACACACGGAUGGACGGACGACGAGUCUGGGAUAGACACUCUUAACAUUCAAAUCAUCCAGCUUCGCUAUUCAGCUGGGAAACUACAGAUUGCGUCAGGAAACACAGUUUUCCAAACCACGGUGAACGUCAGUCAGGGCCUGACAGUAGGAUUUACACUAACCCUUAAAGGAGUGUACAGCUUGCUACUAUUGGCACGUGACAAAGCUAAGAAUGAAAGGAAGGCUCGUAGAAUAGUUCUGUACGACCCCAUCUCCACCAUCACAACAAACAAGAACCAGCCUCUUGUGAUAACAUCAGCUGUGGCGUCUACUAACUACACAUGGCAGCUGGACACCUCGGCGAUAUCGGUGGAAUUCACGGACAGAUUCAUCAACAGCUUGCAGACGACAAACAACUGGCUGGCUCCUGUAGCAGACGACAGUGAUGUCGAUUCUCAGUAUGAUGACCACGAAGGGGAGAUCACCGUCGCUGGAAUCCCUAAUAAACAAGGAAUUGUUAAAUUUAAGACGGCCUAUUUAGUUAACCCUGUUGGGGACGAGUUGACAAGAGAGCCAGAAGACGGGUUGUUCCAAGACCAAGGAUUGAAAACUGUUGUUCAGCUUCAUCCUCGACUGGUAGACGGUGAUCUGAUUUCUGUGUGGGUCAAGGCAUACGACGUCAAGCGUAACGUGGUUUCAGAACGGGUGCAGGUGCAGGUUGAUUCAUCACCACCCGUGAUCCAUAAAUUAACUUUGGUGGAAGACAGUAACAAGGAAACUGUCUUACGCAUUCAGGUAACUGACAAAAACAGCGGCAUUGAUAGAAUAAACUGGAAGAUAACCGACACUGCUACAGACAUCUCGUUUGACUCUCAUGUGAAGAAAGUUUCAACUCUAGGCGUCUCUACUUGCAGUCAGCUGACAUCGCUGUCUGAGGCAAAACGCUGCUACUGCACACCACGUUCCGUGUGUUAUUCAAAAGAGUACAGUCUCAAGUUGAUGAAUGUCCAGGAAGAGAAACCCACUUAUGUUAUUAACGUGACGGUGUGGAACAAUGCUCACAAUUCAGUGACUAAACAAAAAGAGCUGAGUUCUUCUAUCCAGGCACCAGAAGGUGGGGUUAUUAAAGGAGAAGAGAAUUCCUUUACCUGGGGUUCAGUAUUUGAGAGACGGAAAGAAAUAGAGUUUUACAAAUAUGUUUUUGGACCACGAUGUUUCACCAUGGAUGAAGUGGCGUCAGGCUUUCCUGAUAUUAAGGUAACCAAGACAAAAGAGACCAGUGUUUCGUGGACAGCGCCAUCUGCCGGUGACUUCUAUCUUACAGUUGUGGCUUUCGACAGCGCGUCACAACCCAUUCAGUCCAAGUGCUCAGACGUCGUCACUGUUGGUGCUGGCGAAGCAGAAGCCGCAUCAGAUCCUAUCAACAUACCAAUAGUAGGGGCGGCAGCAGGCGGUGUUGUAGUUGUCAUAGUCAUCAUCAUCGUGGUCGUGGUUGUAGUUAAACGCCGAAGAGCAAAGAAAGCGGACUCUGAAUAUGAGCACUUGAAUCGAAAUCAACCAACAGCGAACAGGGAGGCGAUCUUCAACAUAGCCUAUGGACUAGAUGAUGACUCCAGAAAUGACCCUCCUCAACGACCCACUUGCACCAACGAGGCUGAUGUCGAUGGACCCUAUAGUAAAUUGGGGGCCGAUGGUGUACAACUCCCAGAAGGCGUGUAUGACGUCAUUGACCGAACACUUUUUGAGUCAUCUACUGAUUGCAAUUACCCAUUUAGUUCUCAUACAGAAAAAUAAACCUGAAAAAUAGUCAGUCUUAUCACAGAGUGCUUAUUCUACUACUACUACUUUUUUUUUUAAUUUUCAAAAUAUUUAGAAGUUAUUCAUUAGUGGAUAAUUCUGGGGCAGUUAUAGAAUAUUUAAAGGGACCAACAUUAAAAAGAGGACCUACAGUGUGAUAGCCGUCGAAAGAUGCCAGUAUCUUGGGAGGGGAGAGGGAGGGACAGUUCUUAAAUGUGAGGUCAUAUAUAUUUAUAGGUGUUAAUCUGAGCGCACCUACCGCAAGUCUGGCAUUCAAAACAUUACAACGCAACACAUCUAGUUGGCCAAUUUCGUCGUGAUAGUUGAUAGGUUUUGUCUAGCAUAAAUAUUGUUUGGUGUUUGACACAAGUAGAACAGCACACUCGUAUCGGACGAACCAGAAACAUUUUGACAGUAAUUCGUGCACCUUCUUUACAUUGUCUCGAGUCUCGACCUUGUUUGUCUCGAAUCUCGAGAAAUAUAUAAACAGUUACAAAUCCGUAAUAUUAAUUACAUUUUUAAAACUACAUGUAUCCGUUACUGUAUUAAACUGCACCUUACUUAUAUAAUAUACUUCUUCUUUUUUUUCAAUGAGUUAUUCCAGUGCUUUAGAGCAACAUGUUUCCGGUGUAUAUUUUAUGUAGAGCAUAAAUAAAUGUUGUCUCAAACUGAAA